AAAAGUAAGACCUGACAAGUGUGAAUCCCUUCUAUAUAUAUCCUAUUGUCGAGUUUUGAAUCUUGGCAUCUAAGAGCUGUUAUUGCAGUGAAUAUACAAAUCAGAAAAAUCAUCAUGCGCAAUUACUUUCUUAAAAUGUUUUAUGCAUUGCUGGUGCUGCUUUUAUUGCGUACCUCAAGUUCUACUCUCGGAUUCAACCUGCCUAGUAAAAUUAGUGAACAAGUAAAGUGCAUUGAGAGGGAAAGACAAGCACUCCUCAACUUCGUGCAAGGCCUCGAUGAUCUCUAUGGCAAGCUGUCUACAUGGAAGGGGGGAGAUUGUUGCAAAUGGAGAGGUAUUGAAUGCAACAAUGAAACAGGUCAUGUACUUACGCUUGAUCUUCGUGGUCACAAUUUGCAAUAUUUGAGAGGUGCAAUCAAUAUCACUCCAUUGAUUGACUUGCACUAUUUGGAAUAUUUGGACCUCAGCUAUAGUGAUUUUUUGCACAGUUACAUCCCAGAACUCAUGGGCUCCUUCACCAAGUUAAGGUAUCUCAAUCUCUCUUAUUCUAACUUUUACGAGAGGAUUCCUUAUCAGCUUGGAAAUCUCUCACAACUGCAACAUCUUGAUCUUGGAGGAAAUUAUUAUCUUUCUGGAGUAAUACCUUUGCAGAUUGGGAAUCUCAGACAACUACGUUAUCUUGAUCUUGGAGGAAAUUCACUUUAUGGAGCUAUCCCUUAUCAAAUUGGAAAUCUCUCAGAACUUCAGUAUCUUGAUCUUGGAGGAAAUUCAUUUUCUGGAGCAAUCCCUUUUCAAAUUGGGAAUCUUCCUAUCUUGAAUACUCUUAGGCUCGGUGGAGAUUUUGAUGUCCAAACUAAGGAUGCAGAGUGGUUCUCUAAUCUCCAUUCCUUAACAAAUCUUGAGCUGAGGUCAUUUCCUAAUCUUGGCUCUUCUCAUCGCUGGCUGCAAAGGAUCAGUAAGCUUAUUCCAAACUUAAGAGAGUUGAGGUUAGUUGAAUGUAGUCUUUUAGAUUAUGAUAUUCCAUCUCUGUUUCGUUUUCAUUCCAACUUUUCCACUUCUCUCACCAUCCUUGAUCUCUCUUACAAUAUGCUGACAUCAUCAACAUUUCAAUUGCUGUCAAACAAUAGCCUUAAUCUCGAGGAGCUUUAUCUUUCUAAUAAUAAUUUUGUUUUGUCAUCUCUUCUCUAUCCAAACUUCCCUUCUCUCGUGACCCUUGACCUCUCCUUUAAUAAUCUGACAUUAUCAAUGCUUCAAGAUAAUUUCAACUUCAGCUCCAAACUUCAAAAGCUUUAUCUACAAAACUGUAGUCUUUUGGAUAGAAGUUUUCUUGUACCACCUGCCUUUAGUAUGAACUUUUCAUCUUCUCUUGUCUCCCUUGAUCUUUCUUAUAACUUGCUGACUUCAUCUGCUAUAUUCCAUUGGCUUUUUAACUUCACCACCAAUCUUCGUAGCCUUUACCUCUUUGGGAACUUGUUAGAAGGUCCCAUUCCAGAAGAAUUUGGGAAAGUAAUGAACUCUCUUGAAUAUCUUGAUCUAUCUUCUAACAAACUGCAAGGAGAGAUUCCAACCUCCUUUGGGAAUAUGUGCAGCUUACAGACAUUAUACCUCUCAAAUAACACCUUGAGUGGGGAGAUCCCUAAAAGCAUUGGGUUACUAUCAGAGUUGGAGGAUUUGUCUCUGAGGGGGAAUUCUUUGGAGGGUGACGUCACUGAAUCUCAUCUCUCUAAUUUUUCCAAAUUAACGGAGUUGGACUUAUCAUACAGCUCACUGUCUCUAAAAUUUGGGUCAAGCUGGGUUCCUCCUUUCAAAUUAAGAUACUUGUAUCUUGCAUCUUGCAAGUUGGGUCCGAGUUUUCCGAGAUGGCUCCAAACUCAGAGCUUCUUAUUCUAUUUGGAUAUUUCUGAUGCUGGGAUUAAUGACAUUGUACCAGAAUGGUUUUGGGACAACUCUCAAUCCAUUAAAUGGAUGAAUAUGUCUCAUAAUAGUCUGACAGGUGCAAUUCCCAAUUUACCAUUCAAGCUUCCUAUCAAACCGUCUAUAUCUCUGAAUUCAAACCAAUUUGGGGGUGCAGUUCCAUCUUUUCUGCUACAAGCUUCAGAACUUACACUUUCCCAUAAUAAUUUUUCAGAUUUAUUUUCAUUCCUGUGUGACAAAAGUGCAACUGCAAACUUGGCCACUUUAGAUUUAUCAAACAAUCAAAUAAAGGGACAGCUGCCAGAUUGUUGGAAAUAUGUAAACUCAUUAUUAUUUCUUGAUUUAAGCAAUAACAAGUUGUCAGGGAGGAUUCCACCGUCUAUGGGCACACUUGUAAAUUUGGAAGUUUUGGUUUUACGAAACAACAGUUUAAUGGGUGAACUACCUUCCACUUUGAAGAAUUGCAGUAAUUUAAUUAUGUUGGAUGUGGGUGAAAAUUUGUUGUCCGGUCCAAUACCAUCAUGGAUAGGGGAAAAUAUGCAGCAAUUGAUCAUCUUGAGUAUUCGAGGUAACAAGUUGGGUGAUUAUAAGCUUAACAUUACGUUGACUUGGAAAGGUGUGGAGCAUGGGUUCAAAGAUCCACAGAUGAGUCUUAAGAGCAUUGAUUUCUCAAGUAAUAAUUUAAAUGGUGAAAUACCAAAAGAGGUUGGAUAUUUGCUUGGCUUAGUUUCUUUGAAUUUAUCAAGAAACAAUUUGAGUGGAGAAAUCCCUCCAGAGAUUGGGAAUUUAAGUUUUUUGGAAUUUCUUGACUUAUCAAGAAAUCAUUUUUCUGGAAAAAUUCCAUCCACUCUUUCCAAAAUUGAUGAUCUUGGUGUGUUAGAUUUAUCAAACAACUCUCUCUCUGGAAGAAUCCCUUUUGGAAGACAAUUGCAGACUUUUGAUGCCUCUAGUUUUGAAGGAAAUCUGAAUCUUUGUGGUGAACAACUUAACAAAACCUGUCCGGAAGAUGAGACAAAGGGAAAGCCUCAAGGAUCCGCUGUUCAUGGUGAAAAUGACAAUUCAGCUUUCUAUGAAGCAUUAUACAUGAGCAUGGGGUUAGGAUUCUUCACAGGUUUUUGGGGCUUAUUAGGGCCAAUACUACUCUGGCGACCUUGGAGAAUUGCUUACAUAAGGUUCUUGAACAGAUUGACCGACUAUGUAUAUGUAAUGAUUGCAGUAAAUAUGACAAGAUGCCGCAGGUGGCUCACGGGCUAGCAGGUACAUAAUUUUAAUAACUUCUUUCUUUUCAGGUCUUAAUAUUUUUUUCUCUGUUGUAGUUACAUAAAUUAAUAAUUUCUACUUCUAUGCAAAAGGCAGAAUUUGUCUUAAAAAAAUGCUCAUAUUACUUGAAUCUAAUUGCUAGAAAUUUUUUAUUUAAUUCUUCGUUAUAGCCAAUCCUAAUUUCUACAGGUAUUGCUGCUGCUUUUUUUUUGGGGGGUAAAACUACUGCCAGUGCUUUAAGUGGUAUAUAUCACUUACUUGCAUCUCUCUCUCUCUGUCACACACAUAUUGGCUUUUACCAAUUUCUGCAUCAUGUUAAGAAAUUUAAGCUAUGUUUGAUGGUACUAUUUGAGAAUUCACGCCUCUAGUAAUGGCAAUUACUUCUCCAAGAAAUGAUUAUUUUCUGUUUGUAAAAAAAAUUAGAGUUUGUGUAUUUAAGUUAGAAUUGUCUUUUUUUCUUUUUAGCUGCUUCUCUAGGCCUCUUAAAAUGUGCCUAUAGUUAUAUACUUUUUAGUUCUCCAAUGACUAACUACAUUUUCCGUUUGAUUUAGUUUAUCGCUAAAAAAUUUCUUUCAACUUUUUUCUCUAUCACCAUUAAUAUCUGUACUCUGAAUCUGAACUGUACCCUAAAAUGUGCAGUUUAUUGCAGAUCAGCUACACUCUAGGAUGAAAGCGUAACGGGUUGCUGGAAGUAUAAAACAUGCAGCAUUGAAGUGUACAAUAUAAGAUGUUGCAGAUCAUUAAGUGUUUCAAUAAACGUUUUGAUAUGAUAGUGUUUUUAUAUAUAAUCUAUGGGUUUUAUAAGAGUUAUGUUGUAGGAAAAGUGAUUGUGUUAUGUUAUAGAGAUUCGUUUUGCGCGCCGAAGUUUUUUUUUUUUUUUUGCUGCGGGCCCCACAAAAUGUUGUGUGUGUAGAAAAUUUUUUAUGGUCAUGUUAAAUGAUAGAUGAUAAACCCAUAAUCUAUUUGUAAUGUUAUGUUAUUUUAUUUUAUAUUUUACAUAAAGCAAGAAUGAAUUAGGCUCUGCUAGUA